AUGUCUCAGAACAAAGCAGAGCCUACUGUUCCACUGCGGAACCCGCGCUGGAACCUGUCCUUCAACCUUACGCCCGCUAGCCGCGAAAACGAGGCAGAUCACUCCACAUCCCUACACCACAAAGCUUCCUCCACAAGCAGGGCACGCAAUCAACAGAUUUCAGAAGAGAUUCUGAUCACCCACCUUGACCAUGUCAUCACUAGCCAUGGGGGCAAAACAGCCAGUAUCAAGCGCCUUCCAGGACAGAUCAGCCAGUUCAAGAAUGUUUCAUUUUCACCACAGGAGGAACUAGUAGACCUGAAACACAAGAACUCACAACUACAGGCGGAAUUGGCAUAUCAUGAGAAGGUUUGA